AUGGUGGAGGGAAAUAUCACUGUAGUCAGUGAGUUCAUCCUGGUGGGCUUCUCCACUGCCCCUUGGCUGCAGGUCCUUCUCUUCUUCCUUUUCCUUGUAGUCUACCUGCUGGUGAUAGUUGAGAACCUUACCAUCAUGCUCACUGUUUGUGUCACUGGCUCCCUCCAUAAACCCAUGUACUACUUCUUGAGCAGUCUGUCCUUCCUGGAGGUCUGGUAUGUCUCUGUCACUGUCUCCAAGAUGUUAGAUGGAUUUCUCCUGCAGAGACGGCACAUCUCCUUCACAGGUUGCAUGACCCAGCUCUACUUUUUUAUCUCUCUGGCCUGCACAGAGUGUGUUCUCUUGGCAGCCAUGGCCUAUGACCGCUAUGUGGCCAUUUGCCACCCUCUCCGAUACCCAGUCAUCAUGACCACAGGUUAUUGUAUGCAGCUGGUGGCUUUUUCCUAUAUGACUGGCUUCAUGAUCACUAUGAUCAAAGUCUAUUUUAUUUCACAUGUUGUGUUCUGUGGCUCCAAUGUCCUGAACCACUUUUUCUGUGACAUCUCUCCAAUCCUCAAACUGGCCUGCAAAGACAUGUCCACAGCUGAGCUAGUGGACUUUCUUCCCAAGGUAUAUAAUGACUACCACUGGCAAAAUGAAGGGAUAUCUAUCCAUCAUUAUGUCUGA